CUUGUCAUGUUGAUUCGAAGAUUUCGUAAAUUAUUAGCUAAAACUAUGUGUUUUCUCAUUAAUUACUGAUUACAACUGUAAAAAAGUGCAGUUUAUAUUUGUGAUUAGCUAAAAGUGAAUAUUUGGUUGAACGUCGCUGUGAAGUGCAAGUGUUUCGCCGCCGAUAAAAUUUAUGAAACUGUCGCUAAUUUAUCUUGAAUCGAUAUAACUACGAAAAUAUCUUGUGUUUGCCGUGAAUUCAUUAUCGCUAUGUCAACAACGUUAUGAGCUAGCCGCUAACUACAGGCACCAUGUCACUGGAGCGUGACCCCCACAAUGUGGGCAUGGCCCCCCCCUCGGGCCCGAUGACCACCAGCAUGGGGGGCCCCGUGGAUCCUCGCUCGCAGCUGCUGCAGGAGAUGCGGGAACAAAACUUCGACCUCAUCCGGUUCGCCUCCUACCGCACAGCUUGCAAACUACGAUAUGUGCAGAAGAAGUGUAAUUUACAUGUGAUCGACAUUUGGAACGUCAUUGAAGCAUUCAGAGAGAACGCUCUGAACACUUUAGAACCAACAGCCUGUGUGAACGUGACGAGGUUGGAGACGCUGGUAUCAUCAUUGUAUCACAACUUGAACAAACGUCUACCACCUGCACACCAGGUGUCUGUGGAGGCUUGCUCUGCGCUGCUCCUCAAUUGGUUGCUCUCCGCUUAUACCACCGGGGAAAAUGUGGGCAAAAUCCGCGUCUUCUCAAUUAAAGUUGCCCUCGCCACCAUGUGUGCUGGGAAACUGAUGGACAAGUUAAGAUAUAUAUUCUCUCAGCUGUCGGAUGGUAACGGACACCUGCUGAUGAAGCGUCUGUCGGAGUACCUGCGUGAGGUGCUGGCCCUACCAGCCGCAGUGUACGAAUCCCCCUCCUUCAGCUACAACGACUCGCUCGCCGUCUCCAUAUUCAACCAGAACACGAAGGUGACUGUGAACGACUUCCUGGACACGCUGAUGUCGGACCCUGGGCCGCCGUGCCUGGUGUGGCUGCCGCUGCUGCACCGGCUGGCCAGCUCCGAGAAUGUGGUGCACCCGCUGGCGUGCAGCGCGUGCCGGCGGGGGUCGUUGACCGGGUUCCGCUACCGCUGCUCGCGCUGCGCCAACUACACGCUGUGCCAGGAGUGCUUCUGGCGCGGCCGCGUCUCCGGCACGCACACCGUCGAGCACGAGGUCAAGGAGUACGCUGCAUAUAAGUCCCCGUCGAAGCAGAUCGGCGCGACGCUGCGCAAGUCGUUCCGGUGCGUGCCGGAGCGGGCCCGCGCGCCACUGCCGCGGUACCCCGACCAGCCCGAGCGGACGCUCAACCUGUCCCACAUCGUGCCUCCGUCACCGGUGCCGGCCCAUAACGGGUUCCCGGAGUACGUGGCGGGAUACAAUACAGGCUCUCUCGACUCACGCUCCUCACGGUCCACGCAUCGCAGUAUAGUCGAACACCUAUCGCGCGGGGUAGACGACGAACAUCGGCUGAUAGCGAGGUACGCGGCGAGACUGGCACAGGAGAACCGUACGAUGCCCCGAGCCGGCAGAUCAGCGUCACUAACUCCGGAAUUGGGUCGGUCGUCAGUGGAGGGGUCUGAGGUGGACGCGGCGCGGCAACAGCGCGAGCUUAUCUCUCAACUAGAAGCCAAGAACAGAGAGAUUAUGAGGGAGAUCGCGCGGCUCAGGCGACAGCAAGAGACGGAGGCGUCAGCGGGCGGCGGCGGGAACGCUCCGCCGCUGGUAUCGGAGCUACGAGCGUUACGUCAGCGCAAGGACGAGCUGGAGGGCCACCUGUCCUCGCUGCAGGAGUCCAGGAAACAUCUCAUGCACCAGCUCGAGGGACUCAUGAGGAUGCUCAAGACGCAGCAGUCUUCCCCGCGGUCGACCCCCAACUCCUCGCCCCGCUCCACCAAGAGCCCCCCGCUGCCAGGCGCCCAGCCGCAACCCAGCGCUCCAGAAAGAGAGCCCCCCACUACUAGGGGGACAGUCCGCAGUGCGCCGCAGACGCCGUCCCUCGGCGAACGAGAACGCAUCGACAUGACACACAGUCUUGGUGGCAUGGAGAGUAUGGGGAAUGACAGGAGCUACCAUCAGAACCAAAGGCCGACCACAAUGGGCAUAGACAACCGCAGCCUGCGCAGCGACCUCCUCUACGCAGCAGACUCUGUCACCAACGCCAUGUCCACACUCGUGAGGGAACUUAACUCAGAGGGGUCCGAUGCCGAGGGCACAGUUAAAGGAGAUAACAGGAAGCAAAGAGAUUUCGAGGAUGAAGAUGACAGCGACGAGCCGAUGCCGCGCCCGCAGCGGCCGCGGCACUACCUCCACGACAACAACGUACAGAGCAUGGCACCUAGUGUUAAGACACAGUCCUAAGUUCGCUUGCACUGCUUGAGGACACGCCGCCGCCGCUGCCGGCCCGCACGGGGCACUACUACCCCCGCACAUAGCUCCCGAUGUAACAUAUACACACUUAUAACUGUUAACGUUAUCCCUACGUACGUGUACCCACGUCUAACCUAGUAUAUAAUAUGUAUAAUCGAGUAUCUCUGUCUCUUUUAUAUCUUAGAGCCUGCGAUUGAGAACUCAUUUAUUUGAUUCGCCAGUCGCUAUAGCCUAGAACAUUCUUUACUUACUAGCCUAUAUUUAUUUAAGUAGAAGAAAAAGGAGAUAGUAUCGGAUAUAAUCAUCUUUCUUCUACUUAUGAAAGGAAGACAUCUCUUUCGGAUUCUACCUCGUUUUGGAUGUCCAUUCAUUAGUUUAACUUAAAGCAGCCAUUGUGGUUUAACUGUUAGAGCUUUCCGCUCAGAACCCCGAGGUCCUUUGUAUAACAUUGCUGGCUGAAUCGAAUGAUUGUCAGAAAGUAUGACGAUUUCGUUUCUGGGAAGGACCCAUAACCCACACAGACAGAAGGUAUUUAAACAUAUUAUUUCAUUACUCUAUUCUCACCACAGUACACAGAAUACACUGUAUUCAAUACAGUGUAUAAAUUCUCCUUCUCAAAAGAGAGUAAAAACGCCAUAAUUUAGUUAAAUGACUAAGUCGUUAAUAGACUAGAUAAUUAAACUGGCAUAAAUGGGUGUAUAGUAGGAAAUAUUCAAGUUACUGGUGUUAUCCGAAUUUCAUUUGUCUAUUUUAAUCUAGCAACCCCGGUAGAACGCUAUGUGAUCGAUGUUGCCAUAUUAAACUUUCAUGUUUUAUGUAAUUUUCUUAAUAAAUAAUAAAUGAGUUUUCUGUCGUUGGCUCUUACACUUAAGGACUUUAUAUAUGUCUAUUUUUCUGGUGAAAUUGAACGUCUGAUAGCAUUUUUUCUAGUACAUCUUUUCUUCAACCUAAUUGUGUAAAAAUAACUUACUUAAUGACACAUUCCCUAUACCUAUACGGUUUUAAUCUAUAGAUGUAAAAAAAUAAUUCUGAGUUUAAGUUUUUACCAAAUAAGUCCCAUCACAACUUAUGAAUUCGUCGAUUGUUAUUCGACUGUACACAUUUAUAUAUUUCUAUUAUUUAUUAUAAUUAGACUCAAGGACGUUCAAUCUCUAUAUAAUUACUAGACUAGAUGAUAUAAUAAGACCCAUAAAUUUUAUAUAUAUAUUAAGGCGCGGGAUUUAUUAUGCUAUGGGAUUAUUGUCUUAGUAAAAAAUACUACUAAAAUGAUGUUUAUACACGCUUUUUUGCAUUUUUUUACCGUCUCCAUUUAUAAUUCUUUUUAUUAUAAAUGAAGACGUUUAAAUUUGAUUCGCGAAAAAAAUAUUAACUGAAAAAUUCUACGUAAUGAUUUUAUUUGCGUGGAUUGUUGAAGUAGAAUUUGUAAAACUUACUAAGAAAAUUAUCCUAAUAGUAUAUUGGUGCUGAUUCCGGUACACGCCAUCUAAGUUUACUUUAAGUAAUAUCUGUCAUUUUCUUAUCUGCCGAAAAGGAAAGGGACGGGUAAUCGACAGGCAUAAAAUUUAUGGAAUACACGACAAUUUUAGACAGAAAAAACACUUCUAAAAUUCUAUAUUGGCCAAUAACCCGACAGAAUUAAGUUGACAGCACACGUCACGGAUUGCAUAUGAGCGGGUGCUUAUUUUAUACACUCGGGUUAUUUUUUCAUUUUAAAAUUUACACUUGUCAAUCAUCCGCCCCUUUCCUUUUCCUUUACUUAAAAUAAAAUUAGGUGUCUGCAGGAAUCGGGGCCAUUGUAUGUGUUAUUCGCUAAGUGAUAAGAAUGCAUGUGAUCGUAACAGGUUGAGAAAGAAAAGCAAUUUCGAGAAGAGUACUUUUUAAAAAACGUUAUAAGAUUAACAAGUUUUAUUUUUCGAUGAAAUUAUCAAUUAUGAAUUGGGCGUUUUUGUCUUUUAUAUAUGAUUUAAGUUUAGUAUAAAUGAGUUUUACUUAAAAUGCAUUUGAGGCAUAAUAAUUAUUGUGUUGUAUUUAAAAUUAGGAUAUGUUCGGCCGUGUCUAGUCCAAUGUUAUGACGAUGAUUUGACUUGAUCGUAUAAGUCAUUGAUGCCAUGUUGAGUUUGUUCGUAUGAACGUUGAGUUGAACCUACACGGUCAAACCACAUACCGUGGCCUUUGCUAAUUGACGUAUCUGUAUUUUUUGCUAAAGUGAUUUGUGUCUUAUUGACAAUUGUAAGAGGUGCAAAUCAGUUUUGCCAAUAAUUGCAGAUACGUCAGUUAGCUAUAUCAGCGACGAUUUGUCAGCACGAAUCGACGAGGAGAUAGCGUGCGGUCGCUCUAUCUCGCUCUAGCAAAUGACGGUUUUGAGCUACAGAAAAGGAUAGACGCAUAGGAAAGUCAGAUGAGGUGCUGACAGUAGUGUUGCCCGAUAAUCAACUGAAUAUCGAUUAAUAAUCGAUUAUUUUCUUAGUCUAAAUAAUCUAAAUAGCGAUUUGCCUAUCGAUACUAUUGAUUUUGAAAAUUCUACAAUUAUAAUCGAUUAUAAUGUAACAAAGAUAAGAUUAUAAUUGAUAUUAUUGUAGAAUUUCCAAUAUCGAUACUAUCGAUAGGCAUAACGAUAUUUAGAUUUUGGAUUAAAUAAUCGAUAAUCGAUUAUUCGGCAACACUAGCUGACAGAAUUGGUUCAAUCCAUAUAAUACACUUAUAAAAAGUUCUGUAUCAAUCAUUUGAGAUAUGUCUGACAGUUCAAAUUCUUGCCAUUUAAAAUUCGAUCUAUUCGGAAGUAGAGAAAUCCGGCUUUGUAUAAACGACCUUUCUAUAUACAUUUCAAGUGCUUGAUUUUUUCAUUGACAUCAACUCAAUGUUUAUACUAACUAGGUGCGUGUAAUAUUCAUAUAACGAACGGAGUAUUAACGCAUUAAUAGUCAAGACCUUGGUAGUAUGUCGUAUAUCUAUCCAUUUGUCUAUGAAUACCAAUGCUGCAUAUUUUAAUUUUACUAUAACCAUCAAAUACUCGUACUCGUACAGAAUGAUAUAUUGUACAUUUCCAACGAAAUGCCAAUUUAAGAUAUUUCAAGGCUAUAUUUUUUAUCGAAUAAAUAGUUUGAAGUAUUUCAAGGCUAUGUUGUUGUUUGAAUAAUUUACUUAUCAUAACAUUACUACAACAUAGGUACUUUUGAUACCUAGUAAAUCGGAUAUAGAUAUGAAGAAUUAAAAAAAAAUAACAUUGUACAACGAGUAUUUGAGUUAUAGGUACUUUAGUUUGAAAAAUCAUUCAUUUUUUAUUUUAUUUUCGUCAUAAUUAUGUCGAUUACUUCUACAUAUUAUUCCUUUCCUGUCUUCCAUUCGUCAAUUCCUUCCAAAAUGUACAAAAAUGUCAAUUGAUACUUCCUCUCCUUAACAUGUAACUGGUUAACUAAUGCACGGAAAUUCCGUCACCAAAAUAAAUAUACAGGAACACAUAAUAUGUCUAUCUCACUCUUAUUCGUUUGUCUUUGUUAUUUGUCUGAGCGAAACAGCAAGUUUUUGAAUUUUAAUGUGUAUAGCUUUUCCCUUCACACGAUCAAUUGCAAUUGACAUUGGUAAAAAAGAAAACAUAACAUUUAACAUUUCGUUUUCGCUGCACAGUUUUCAUAAAAUUGACAGUCGCAAUUAAUCGUGCAAGGAACUCAAUCCACUUACAACUAAAUAUCUCAUUUUAUUGAUAUUAAACAGUCACUUAACCACUAAUAUUCGCCAUAAAAAAACGCAGCUUCUAAAAUGAUUUAAGACUGAAAAGUGUCCACCGACCAAGUGGUGAACAGAAAUGCCAAAUUGACGUAAACCAAAUGAUUUAGUACGAUUUAGUUGUAUUAUCACGAAUUGUGUUCUGGCAGCUGUGUAUCAAAAAUAAUCAUUAAUUCUUAUGAUAAUUUUAGCUAAUUUAAAGGAGCUUGGAAAUGAUUCGUUGUGAUUGCUAUAAGCUUUACCAGUGAUGUGCUGUUCCUGGAAAUGGUCCCUUUUUAAACACGUUUCUGAAAGUGAAAAAAAAGCAAAUGUUAUGUAACAUAAACAGCCUAUAUACGUCCCACUGCUGGGCACAGGCCUCCCCUCAAUCAACCGGAUGGGGUAUGGAGCAUACUCCACCACGCUGCUCCACUGCGUAAAAAAAGGCAAAGCACACUGCAAAAGUUAUGUAAAUAGAGCUUAAUACCUACCCUUUAGGCAGAUGAAAG